AUGUCGUUGCCCGACAACGUCCAUACCUCCAGGCACCCGUGCCUGAUGGCCAAGCUCAGCCGCCUGCGGUCCAAGGCAACCGAUGCUCGCGAGGUCAAGUCACUGGUGAACGACAUCUCGUUGAUCCUCGGCUGCGAAGCUCUAGCUUCGGCUCUGACCCCCGUUGACGGACCCAAGGGCGAGACACCCAUUGGGUUCGAGUACACCACCACCACGGUGCAACCGCAGGAGCUGUCCAUAGUGCCCAUCCUCAGGUCUGGUCUGGGCAUGGUCGAAGCCGUACAAACGCUGCUUCCGACUCCGGUCCCUGUCCAUCAUCUCGGUCUGUACCGUGAGCCCAGCACGCUCGAGCCCGUCGAGUACUACAACAAUCUCCCACAUCACAUCGGUGGCGGCGGUUCGUCCACCAGUGUCUCGAGCCUGGCCAUCAUCGUCGAUCCCGUCAUAGCCACCGGCGGCACCUGCGUAGCCGCCAUCCAAAUACUCAAGGAAUGGGGCGUCAAGAAGAUUCUCGUCUUGUCCGUCAUCGCCGCCGCCGACGGCGUGCGGCGUGCUGCGGCGGAGUGGCCCGAUGCGGUGGAGAUCUGGGUCGCAGGGGUAGAUGCCGAGCUUACCCCCACGGGCAUGCUGAAGCCCGGCGUUGGGGAUGUUGGCGACCGUUUGUUCUUGACUAUCGGGAAAUAG